AUGGCUGGUAUAAUGUCAAAUGACGGCCGCGAGCCUCUGGAUCGUCCUCCGACACCUCCUCCAGGACCUCCAGCAGAUAUAGCUCCUCCGCCACCGCCGCUAGAACUGAUGGAUGAUGAUAAUGCUGCUGCUCCUCCACCGCCAGCCGAUAUAAAACCUCCUCCACCACCUGAGGAUGCUCUACCGCCACCUCCCCCUCCUGUUGAUGCUGGUGCUGCGCCUGUUGCGAAGAAGAAGAAAGCUGGCUGGGGUACUUCGACUGCUAAGCCGUUAAGUGUUGAAGAGCUGGUGCGAAAGAAGAGAGAGGCCGACGCGGCGGCUUCAAAGCCUAAAUUUCUCUCAAAAGCCGAACGCGAACGACUCGCAUUGGAAAAACGCGCCAAAGAAGUCGAGACGGAGCGCAGGGCCAAAAUCCAACAAAGUCGAAGCACCAAUGGCUCAAGGCCGAAUGGGACAACGUUAUCAUCAGCGAAUGAACCGAAUGGCAGAGCAGAUAUUGAUUCAAGAUCCGCCGCCUCUGUGCCUACAGGGCCCCGCGCGUUGCGCAAUGAUGGGGAUAUUCCCAGGGGACCUGCUGCUAUGCGCAACGCUCAGCAACCGAAUGCGGACUACGAUAUGGCGCCGCCAGCUCCUCCGAAACGCAUCGCUUUUGGUAAAGGGGACUCGAAAGGAGGCGACAAGCGAAUGUCGGAGGCGGAAGCAGAGGCGGAAUUGGUUCGACAGCGAUAUAUGGGUGUAAACCAGACGUCUAGCUUUUCGGCGAAGAAGAAACGAAAGCGUACCACGGAAAGAAAGUUUAAUUUUGAAUGGAAUGCUGAAGAGGAUACAAGUAACGACUACAACCCGCUUUAUCAGAACCGGGCGCACGCGAACUUUUAUGGACGCGGUCGACUUGCUGGGUUUGGUGAAGAUGCGGCAGAUAAUGCUACAAGGAGAUACGUUCAGGCCUUGGAGGAUCGAGACCAUGAAGCAGGCUCGGCUCGUGCCAGGGAAAUUUUAGAGAUGGAAAGACGACGGAAGGAGGAAAGCAGCAGGAAUGCGAUUGACAAGCACUGGAGUGAAAAGAAACUGGAUCAGAUGCGCGAACGAGACUGGCGUAUCUUCAAAGAAGACUUCAACAUCAGCACCAAGGGCGGUAGUGUGCCCAACCCGAUGCGCUCAUGGGAGGAAUCCAAUUUGCCCAGGAGGUUGCUUGAGCUCAUCCAGCAGGUCGGAUAUACUGAUCCUACGCCUAUUCAGAGAGCAGCAAUUCCAAUUGCCUUGCAAGCGCGAGACCUUAUCGGUGUGGCUGUCACGGGCUCUGGUAAGACGGCGGCAUUCUUGCUUCCGCUAUUCGUCUACAUUGCUGAGUUACCUCGGCUGGACGAAUUUGAAUGGCGAAAAAAUGACGGGCCCUAUGCUAUUAUCCUGGCGCCUACUCGUGAAUUGGCACAGCAGAUUGAGAUUGAGGCCAAGAAAUUCUCUAGACCUCUCAAUUUCAACGUUGUCAGUAUCGUUGGUGGUCACUCUCUAGAAGAACAGGCAUUCAGUCUACGAGACGGUGCCGAGAUCAUUAUUGCCACUCCCGGACGUCUCGUUGACUGCUUGGAGCGACGAAUGCUGGUUCUGUCACAGUGCUGCUAUGUCAUUAUGGACGAGGCAGAUCGAAUGAUAGACCUUGGAUUUGAAGAUCCGGUUAACAAGAUCCUCGAUGCACUACCCGUCUCGAACGAGAAGCCGGACACAGAAGAGGCCGAGGAUGCACGAGCAAUGAGCCAACAUGUCGGCGGAAGAGACAAGCGGUAUCGACAGACCAUGAUGUACACAGCCACCAUGCCAUCGGCAGUUGAGCGAAUUGCGCGAAAAUAUCUCCGCAGACCCGCCAUCAUCACGAUUGGUAACGUCGGCCAGGCCGUUGACACAGUUGAGCAGCGCGUCGAGUUCGUUGCAGGCGAAGACAAGAGGAAGAAGCGUCUCGCCGACAUUCUCAUGUCCGGACAGUUCAAGCCUCCAAUCAUUGUAUUUGUCAAUAUCAAGCGAAACUGCGACGCUGUCGCCAAGGAUAUCAAGCAAAUGGGCUUUUCGUCCGUGACCUUGCAUGGUAGCAAGACUCAGGAGCAGCGUGAAGCGGCUCUGGCAUCGGUUCGUAAUGGUAAUACUGACGUCCUCGUUGCGACGGACUUGGCUGGCCGUGGUAUCGAUGUCCCCGACGUCAGUUUGGUGGUGAACUUCAACAUGGCGACCAAUAUCGAAAGCUACACGCAUCGUAUUGGACGUACUGGUCGUGCUGGAAAGAGUGGUAUUGCCAUUACUUUCUUGGGUAAUGAAGACAACGAUGUUAUGUACGACCUCAAGCAAAUGCUGAUGAAAUCCUCCAUAUCUCGAGUGCCAGAGGAACUUCGCAAGCACGAAGCAGCGCAAUCCAGGCCUACUCGCGGCGGUGGGAUGGGCAAGAAAAUUGAAGAAGCAAGUGGAUUCGGUGGCAAGGGAGGCGGAUGGUGA